GGCUGUGCUCCAUUCUGAUUGGACAGCCGCAUCGACGCAGUGUGGCGCCUGCUUUGUGAGAUCGAUCCAUGCUAACAAAUUUCCUUUGUUGUGAUUAACCGUUUUGCGGUUGUGGUUCUGCUGUAAUCAUUUUUUAAUCAACAAAAUUGUCGUUGAGAUCAUCUAGAGGAUGAGUGGCGGAGUGUAUGGAGGAGAUGAGGUGGGAGCUCUGGUGUUCGACAUUGGCUCAUACACUGUAAGAGCUGGCUAUGCAGGAGAAGACUGUCCCAAGGCGGACUUCCCCACGGUGAUAGGUGUGACCAUCGACCGGGAGGAUGGCAGCACGCCAAUGGAGACGGAUGGGGACAAGACCAAGCAGAGUGGCACCACCUACUACAUUGAUACCAACCAGCUACGGGUACCAAGGGAGAGCAUGGAGGUCAUGUCUCCGCUCAAGAAUGGCAUGAUUGAAGACUGGGACAGUUUCCAGGCCAUUUUGGAUCACACGUACAAGAUGCACUUCAAGUCGGAACCCAGCAUGCAUCCAGUACUCAUGUCAGAAGCGUCGUGGAACACACGAGCGAAACGAGAGAAACUGACUGAGCUGAUGUUUGAACAUUACAACAUUCCUGCCUUCUUCCUCUGUAAAUCUGCUGUGCUGUCUGCCUUUGCCAAUGGGCGGUCCACAGGCCUGGUCCUGGACAGCGGAGCCACACACACCACAGCGAUUCCAGUGCAUGAUGGCUACGUCCUGCAGCAAGGCAUCGUCAAAUCGCCCCUGGCCGGAGACUUCAUGAGCAUGCAGUGUAGGGAGCUUUUUCAAGAUUUAAGUGUUGAAAUAAUCCCUCCGUACAUGAUUGCAUCAAAGGAUGGAGUGCGAGAGGCUUCACCGGCCAGCUGGAAGAAAAAAGAGAAACUGCCUCAAGUCACCCGCUCAUGGCACAACUACAUGUGCAAUUGUGUGAUCCAGGACUUCCAGGCAUCUGUGCUACAGGUGUCAGACUCGCCGUAUGAUGAACAGGUUGCUGCACAGAUGCCCACUGUGCACUACGAGCUGCCCAACGGAUACAACUGUGACUUUGGGGCCGAGAGGCUAAAGAUCCCAGAGGGGCUGUUUGACCCUUCUAAUGCAAAGGGCCUGUCUGGUAACACCAUGUUGGGAGUCGGCCAUGUGGUGACGACCAGCGUGGGAAUGUGUGACAUCGACAUCCGGCCGGGUCUUUAUGGCAGUGUGGUAGUGACUGGAGGAAACACGCUCAUCCAGGGAUUCACAGACCGACUUAACAGAGAACUCUCCCAGAAAACCCCACCGAGCAUGAGGCUGAAGCUGAUAGCCAACAACACUACGGUGGAGCGCCGGUUCAGUGCCUGGAUAGGAGGCUCCAUCCUGGCAUCGCUCGGAACCUUCCAGCAGAUGUGGAUCUCCAAACAGGAGUAUGAGGAGGGAGGAAAGCAGUGUGUAGACAGGAAGUGCCCUUGAUUUGACACCACCUUCUCCAACACUGUCUUUGCCACAAGCUCAACAUCAUGAGUUCACCUCUGACCCCAGACUCUGGAUCAACCACCUAUAUUCGCUCUUGUUUUGUAUGAUUUGUUUGACAAA